AAUGGGUGGGUAAGAAUGUAAUACAAAAUUUUCAUUAACGGAAUUUAUCAACAACUGUUGAAGAAAAUUUAUCUGGACUAGGAAACGACAAUGUCGGAGAAAAACACAAAGAAGCGCAUUUUGAUUUGUCUCUCUGAAGAAGAAAACGACGAUGACAACGAUGAUGAAGACGAGGAUAGUAGCGUUUCGAGUUUCAGUGAGUAUGAGAGUGAUGAGGUGACGGAGGAUGAUUACCAGUCUGAUCAGGACGGCGACGAUGAAGAUGAAGACGACGGCGAUGAUGAAUCUCUCUGCAACAGAGUCAUUUUCCUCGUUAAAGGAGGGGGUGAUCUAGGAGCUUUAAAUGUCAAAGCAUGCAUAGCGUACUUACGUAAGCAUGGCCUGAGAAUAUCUGGUACUAAGACAGUGUGUAUACAGAGGAUUAAAGAGCAUUGGAGAAUUAAUGAUGGAGAUGGUGAAGCACUCUAUCCAAAAUCAUCCUUCAGCAUCAAUUGUACAGGUGAUGUUUGUAAGGGUGACGUUGUUUUGUUCACGCAGAAAGUUUAUGAGAAGUUUGAUAAAGUGACAAGGCAUGGGAGGCUUCUAGGAAAGAGAACUAUUGCCGGAAGGGUUGUCAAUGAAAGCUAUGGUGUGGCCAAACAACAACAUACUUUUACAAUCGAAAUAUUGUGGAUUAAGGGGAUUAACAGACUGCCUACACUUUUUCCUUUGCUUGUGAAGGGUCGUAACCUUUAUAAAUUGAAAACUUUUAGACAGCUUUGGAAUGAUGAAGAAGAAAGGGUAAAAGUGCUUGCCGAGAAACACAAACGAGGUGCAGUAGCAAGAUUUGUUAGAGCAAUUAGGAAAACAAAGACAUGGUCCACAAAUGCAGGUGCAAAACGUCAAAAGUAUUUCCAUCAUACAAGGUCAUCUCAGAUGAGUAAGACAACAAAACCUGAAAAGAGGAGGUGUUUGGAUGGACCCGGAAAAGCUAUGCCUCUGCAACAUGCAAAACUUAAUAAUCAUCGUAAAGAUGCUCCACCAAGAAAUCCGAAGUUCAAGCAAAAUUUAAGGUCAGGAGGAUCUCAAUUAUGUCAGAGACAUCAGAACUUUCAUAGAAGGAUCAGUGAAGGUCCAAACCUUCGUUCAUUCACACCUCCCCAGGGUCCUUAUCUGUCUCAAAUAGAAUUUCACCACAAUAAUUCAGCAUUCCAUUUUUGUGGUCAUGACGUGGACUACAGUUCAACUAUGACAAGAAUUCCACAUAUCAAGCCUUUCUCUUACAUGUCCAUGAUGCCUACUACAAGAAAUCAGGGGUACAACCAUAGCAAUUGCACCCACCAUGCCUUCUCAAGUCCUAGCCACAGCUUUGAACCGAGGGACUUGAACUGCUUUCCAGGGUUGAGGACUGUUGAUAGACAUUCACAUCAAUGUCCAUCAAGAACUGAGGCAUAUGGACCCAGGAAGAAUGGUUUUCAAUAUGUUUUCCGUUAAGAUGUCUGGUAUCUAAACAAAGCAUUGCAUCUUCCGUUGAAUGCUCCUGACAGGCAGGUAAGACAGGCUUCCUGCACUUUUACCAAAUUUUUUGCAUGCAAGAUUCCGGGUGGUAAAACUCUUUCACCUGCGAAAUUUAAAAUUCUUGUUCAUUUGGAGAAAUGUAUACGAGGAAUGUGUUUUAGCUGGUAGCUGGUUUAAAGCAAAUAACUCUAGUCGUUGUUUCAGUAGCUUUAUGUUGAUAUUAUUGCCUAUUUGAUCACCUCGUUCAACAGCAAAUGGCAGAUAUACCGUUGGCAUCAAACAAGCUCAGACAGAUAUCUAGCAUUCGUUUGCAUUUUAUAUAACUUCUCCAUUAACUUUCCUUGGACACUAGGGGUGUGCAAAAGAACCUGCCAGAACUGAAACCGGCUGAUACCUGAGGUUCCGAUUCCGGGUAGGAACCGGAACCGACCCUCACAGGGUCAGUUUCAGUUCUAAAAAAUCGAAAUCGAUACUUUGUAGUUCUGAUUCCGUUUCCACCAUUAUUGAAAUUGAAACUGUGCGGUUCUGAUUUCGAUUCCACCAUUGUCAAAACAGAAACUAAGACUUGGGUACCCAGUUAGGAACCGAGACUGAACUGUAAUUUUUGUAAACUUUUGGGGUUAUAUUGUAAAUUUGAGGGGGUAUUUGUCAUUUUUGUGAAUAGUAGGGGGUCAUUGUAAUUUUCCCGAAUACCCAGAACCGAAACCUAUGUUUCAGGUUCCAGUUUCAGGCUUUUGGGAACCAAAACCGGCCGGUUCCAGUUCCAUGGGAUUUGGGUGGGUACCAAGACCCGCCCACCCCCACUGGAGACAAUUAUAUCACUUGGCAGUUUGC